UUCCGGUUCUGCGCCCCCAUCCUAUUUUCAGGCCCCUCCUACCUGCAGCCUUUGGGGCUCGGCGAGACUAACUGCCGGGCCGAAAACCUGGCUGCCGAGCCCCUCCCUCCAGCGCCGGGCUGUUCCCUAGGGUACGCCCGUGGCAUACCUUCUGCACCCCACCUGCAGCGGGCUAGCUCGCUGCCCGCAACCCUCCCCCACCAAAAGACUGGGGUUGGCACUGAACUGAGCUCUUGACUGGCAUCAACUCUAAAUCCUCAGAACAUCCCAGGGAGUUCCACAGGGUGCCCUAUCCUGAGCCAUGAGUGAGCUGAAGGACUGCCCCUUGCAGUUCCACGACUUCAAGUCAGUGGACCACUUGAAGGUCUGUCCUCGCUACACAGCGGUGUUGGCCCGCUCUGAGGAUGACGGCAUCGGUAUCGAGGAGCUGGACACUCUGCAGCUGGAGCUUGAGACCCUGCUUUCCUCUGCCAGCCGACGCCUGCGGGUGCUUGAGGCUGAAACCCAGAUCCUCACUGACUGGCAGGAUAAGAAAGGUGACCGACGAUUCCUGAAGCUGGGUCGAGACCAUGAGCUUGGAGCUCCCCCCAAACAUGGGAAGCCCAAGAAGCAGAAACUGGAAGGGAAGGCGGGCCAUGGGCCUGGCCCUGGCCCUGGGCGACCCAAAUCCAAAAACCUUCAGCCCAAGAUCCAGGAAUAUGAAUUCACUGAUGACCCAAUUGAUGUGCCACGUAUCCCCAAGAAUGACGCCCCCAACAGAUUCUGGGCUUCGGUGGAGCCAUACUGUGCUGAUAUCACCAGUGAGGAAGUGCGCACACUAGAGGAGCUACUGAAACCCCCAGAAGAUGAGGCUGAACAUUACAAGAUCCCGCCCCUAGGGAAGCACUACUCCCAGCGCUGGGCACAGGAGGACCUGCUGGAGGAGCAGAAGGACGGGGCCCGGGCAGCAGCUGUGGCUGACAAGAAGAAGGGCCUCUUGGGGCCCCUGACCGAACUGGACACUAAAGAUGUGGAUGCCCUGCUGAAGAAGUCUGAGGCCCAGCAUGAGCAGCCAGAAGACGGGUGUCCCUUUGGUGCCCUGACACAGCGUCUGCUGCAGGCCUUGGUGGAGGAAAAUAUUAUUUCCCCCAUGGAGGACUCUCCUAUUCCAGACAUGUCUGGAAAAGAAUCGGGGGCGGAUGGGGCAAGCACCUCUCCCCGCAAUCAGAACAAGCCCUUCAGCGUGCCGCAUACCAAGUCCCUGGAGAGCCGCAUUAAGGAGGAGCUGAUCGCCCAGGGCCUGCUGGAGUCUGAGGACCGCCCUGCAGAGGACUCAGAGGACGAGGUUCUGGCGGAGCUGCGCAAGCGGCAGGCUGAGCUGAAGGCGCUCAGUGCCCACAACCGCACCAAGAAGCACGACCUGCUGAGGCUGGCGAAGGAGGAGGUGAGCCGGCAGGAGCUGAGGCAGCGGGUCCGCAUGGCAGACAAUGAGGUCAUGGAUGCCUUCCGCAAGAUCAUGGCUGCCCGGCAGAAGAAACGGACCCCCACCAAGAAGGAGAAAGACCAGGCCUGGAAGACUCUGAAGGAGCGCGAGAGCAUCCUGAAGCUGCUAGACGGGUAGCUCUCACCCCUGCUCAGGCCACCUUCCCCUGGCCUGGGACAGGAGGCCCACUUCCUUCGGGCUUCCAGAAGUUUGGCCUGUGGCUGCCUAGCUAGUGUCAAAUGGCAGCAGUCUCUAGAGGCUGGGCCCUUCCCUGACAUGUUCUGGCGAAACUGUACAGCUAGGACAUGAGAGGCCCUGCUGGGCUGGCCUGGGGCCCAGACUCUGCUUGGUCCCCCAGAUGAGGGGUGGGCUUCAUUUUUGGGUCAUCCUCACCCCCUACCCUCCCUACCCCUUUCACCCUCAAGGACUUCUCCCUUGUGGUUUUGUAAAGUGCAGACUUAAGAAUAAAGUGACUGAAACAUGGUUUUUUUAAAAAGUA